UGAUGAAGACACCCUGACAAUUGCUUGGCCUCCCCUGUGUGGGGCUUUCCCAUAGUUGGGAGGCAGGUUGGAGAGCAAAGGUGUUCCCUUGGAGAGCUACCCCUCCCCUCUCCUUGCAGAGUUGCAUGCAGUCCUACACCCUAGAUCGCUGCUGGGGAAGGAGAGGAGAUCCCCUUACCUCCUUCCGCUUCCUUCUGGGGGUCCAGCACCUCCACCUUCAGAGGCCAGGAUGGCGGCCCAGGUGACACUGGAGGAUGCGCUGUCCAACGUGGAUCUCCUAGAAGAGCUGCCUCUGCCUGACCAGCAGCCCUGUAUUGAGCCCCCACCAUCCUCACUGCUAUACCACCCAAAUUUCAACACUAACUUUGAAGACAGAAAUGCAUUUGUCACUGGCAUUGCAAGAUACAUCGAACAGGCGACUGUCCAUUCUAGCAUGAAUGAGAUGCUGGAGGAAGGCCAAGAGUAUGCUGUCAUGCUGUACAUCUGGAGGAGCUGCUCUCGGGCCAUCCCACAGGUGAAAUGUAAUGAGCAGCCUAACAGAGUGGAAAUUUGUGAGAAAACUGUGGAGGUCCUCGAGCCUGAGGUCACAAAACUGAUGAAUUUUAUGUACUUCCAGAGAAAUGCCAUUGAGCGUUUCUGUGGGGAGGUGAGGCGCCUGUGCCACACGGAGAGGAGGAAGGACUUUGUGUCUGAGGCCUACCUAAUCACACUGGGCAAGUUCAUCAACAUGUUUGCUGUGCUGGAUGAGCUGAAGAACAUGAAGUGCAGUGUGAAGAACGACCACUCAGCAUACAAGAGGGCUGCUCAGUUUUUGCGGAAAAUGGCGGACCCACAGUCCAUCCAGGAAUCUCAGAAUCUGUCCAUGUUCCUGGCCAACCACAACAAGAUCACACAAUCUCUGCAGCAACAGCUCGAAGUGAUUUCUGGCUAUGAAGAGCUCCUCGCUGACAUCGUGAAUCUGUGUGUGGAUUACUAUGAGAACAGGAUGUACUUGACACCCAGUGAAAAACACAUGCUUCUCAAAGUCAUGGGGUUUGGUCUGUACUUGAUAGAUGGGAGUGUCAGCAACAUCUAUAAACUAGAUGCCAAGAAAAGGAUAAACUUAUCCAAGAUGGACAAGUACUUCAAGCAGCUCCAGGUGGUUCCACUGUUUGGGGACAUGCAAAUAGAACUGGCAAGAUACAUCAAGACCAGCACGCACUAUGAGGAAAAUAAAUCUCGAUGGACGUGCACAUCUUCCAGUAGCAGCCCGCAGUACAGCAUCUGUGAGCAGAUGAUCCAGAUCCGGGAGGACCACAUGCGCUUCAUCUCAGAGCUGGCACGCUAUAGCAACAGUGAGGUUGUCACAGGGUCUGGCCGCCAGGAGGCUCAGAAGACAGAUGCUGAGUACCGGAAGCUCUUCGACUUGGCACUGCAGGGCCUGCAGUUGCUGUCUCAGUGGAGCGCCCAUGUGAUGGAAGUGUAUUCAUGGAAACUUGUGCACCCGACGGACAAGUACUCCAACAAGGACUGCCCUGACAACGCUGAGGAGUAUGAGCGCGCCACCCGCUACAACUACACCAGCGAGGAGAAGUUCGCCCUCGUGGAG